AGUCGCCCCCUGGCGGGCGGCGGCGCGCAGAGACCGCCCACAGCUUCGUGCCGCCGCCCGCCUCAGCCCAACAUGGCGAUGCACAACAAGGCGGCGCCGCCGCAGAUCCCGGACACCCGGCGGGAGCUGGCGGAGCUCGUGAAGCGGAAACAGGAGCUGGCGGAAACACUGGCAAACUUGGAGAGACAGAUCUAUGCUUUUGAAGGAAGCUACUUGGAAGACACUCAGAUGUAUGGCAAUAUUAUUCGUGGCUGGGAUCGAUAUCUGACCAACCAAAAAAACUCCAAUAGCAAAAAUGAUAGAAGGAACCGGAAGUUUAAGGAAGCUGAGCGGCUCUUCAGUAAAUCUUCAGUUACAUCAGCAGCUGCAGUAAGUGCAUUGGCAGGAGUUCAGGACCAGCUCAUUGAAAAGAGGGAGCCAGGAAGUGGGACAGAAAGUGAUACUUCACCAGACUUCCACAAUCAGGAAAAUGAGCCCAACCAGGAGGAUCCUGAGGAUCUGGAUGGAUCUGUGCAGGGAGUGAAACCUCAGAAGGCUGCUUCUUCUACUUCCUCAGGGAGUCAUCACAGCAGCCAUAAAAAACGAAAGAAUAAAAACCGGCACAGGAUUGAUCUGAAGUUAAACAAAAAACCACGAGCUGACUAUUAGAAGAUGCAUUAGUGCAGAAGCUCCCAGGCUGUAGAGCCCUGCUUUCUUUCUCCGACCUCACAAAGAUAAACAUCCCUCACCUGAGUGUGUGGCCAUCCACCUCUGCUCUCCCAGACCCAGUGCCUGUGACUCUUGAGUAGUUUGUUCUAAAUGUGGUGACAAACAUUUCUCUGAGACAUUGGAUCAUUUACUUUGUGUCAUUUUUAGUAACAGAUCUGCGGGAAGACCAAGACAUGGUUAUAAUCCCAGCAAAUUGCUAACUGUGCAUUUUUCCUUCUUAGAAUGAAUGUCUCCCCCAAAACUGGCUGGCACCAGCUUCAUCUGUGAUACCCAUCAAGAAUGUUCUCUGGUUUUAUUUUAUGCUGAAAGUAGAACACAAGUCACAUUUCAGAUGGAGGCUGUAAAUAUCUGGCAUUUGCUUAUUUGGUUUUGUGCUUUAUUAUUUUUCUAUUGUUGUUUUUACCAUCGUAUUUUCUUUUGGGCCUUUUUUGUAAUGCCUUUGUACAGCUCGUACCUUCCUGCUGGCAUAUCUGAUAAUCUUUUUCAUGCAGUUGCCAAUAUUCUUAACGGAAAAUAAUCUGGUUUAUUGUAAGUAAAAUGGGAAACUUGGCUCUUUGGUUUUUUGCAAGGAGAGGUAAAGAGUGUUUAUUUAGAAAUUACCUAUCUUUAAUCUUUCUGAGUUGGAAGCAGAUUCCUGUUCAAGGAACAAGAAAAAUGGAAAAACAUAAGUUUAAAUCAAUCCUUUCUAAAUAUUUUAAUUCUUUUGUAUAAAUAAAAUUUCACAGGCUUUGACCUCUCAUGCUUUACUUUUAAGCCUGUGAUUGUUUUUUCACUUAUUUAUUCAUAUCAUGCCUUAUGGAAAUUUCUUUCUUUUUCUAUAUUUUCUCUCUUUGCUGGUAUUCACCUGAUUAAAUAAUUGCUCUAAAAACCACCAUGGCAUAUGGAAAGACCCAAAAUGACACCAAAAGCUGAUAAUGUAUAGAGUUCUUGAGUGAAAGAUUGUAUCAGUGAAAGCCAGCGUCGCCCAAGAGAUCCCCCUUGCUGGGGUUGAUGGCCUUAGGGAUUUGCUGAUAAUAGUUACCUGUCUUUAGUGCCUGGUGAUCAGCUGGACAUUGGAAUCAUCUAGGAAGCUUUAAAAAAUACAGAUGCCUGGGUCCCACCCCCAGAGAUCUGGGGCAUAUCCUGGUUGCUGGGAUUUCCUUUUAAAGAGUCCCUGGGAUUCUGAUAAGAAGCCAAGUUGAGAACUACUGCAUUAGGAGACUUGAAUGGUUUGAUUUAAAUCCUAUGUUAUGAAUCAGUCUAAUGAAUAAGAUCUGGGCCUGACCUUUCCUUUGACUCUAGUUAUCAUACUCCUUUACUUAUGCCCAUAUCUUUGUAAGAAACAGUUUGUUCCAUUUGUGAUAAUAUUGGUAGAGCUGACUAUGGAUGGCAUCUGCUGUCAUAACAAGUCUCCCUUGUCAGAUGUGUAAAAGCUUUCACUCCUAUUCUCAAAUAAACUUUUUGUUUUUGA